AUGGCGUCCGCCGGUCCGAUGCCGGAAAUGCAGAACUUGGUUGCUCAUAUUAAGACUCUCACGGUUCCACAACUGAAGGAACUUCUCCGUUUCGAAGGACUGGCAGUAUCCGGCGUCAAGGCGUCUUUACAGUUGCGCAUCAUUGAUUGUUCGUGGGCUCCCCCUGCGCCUGGCUCCCUCUGUAUUUGCCGUGGAGGGUAUGAGGUGAUUGCCAUCGCUGGCGAUGGCUUCAUCUUGUCCUCUUUUGUCAAAUUCCCCCAUGGUCUAGAGCCAGCGCGCGCAUUGCCGUUUCCAGUCCUAGUUAUACGGGUGACUAACUACUGUCGUGCUCCAGAUCUCGAGCGUCUCGCCAACUCUGACGGCAAUGGGGCUCGCUACGAUGCUUUGAAAACGCGUAUUCACCAGAUCGCAAUACCAGGCGCUUCUUCAUUCCAGUCCUCGUCUCCAGGCUAUCAUCUCCCCCCACCACCCACAGCGUCUUCAACGCCAUCGCAGCCUCGAGCACAUCUAAUGGGAACAGGCGCACCUUUCUCUAGUUCCGGGCCCGGUCGUCUCUCAUUUAAAGAAAGCCCUUUUUUCACCGUUAUCAUGCCCCUCACGUCGGUGAUGGAAUGCAAAGUCCGAGAACAAACCAGAGACAGCGUCGAGCUGAAAAUCACUCUCAAUAUGGCCACGGCGACCGAUUUGCAAAAUGAUCCCAAUCUUCGAGUGAUGAUUUACUGCGCCGCGGACUCUGGGCUCAAGCAGUACACGAAAUCCGACAUUGCGUUUCCGCACCAAGUGGAGCUCAAGGCCAACCUGGAUGAAGUCAAGGCAAACCUUCGCGGGCUGAAGAAUCGUCCCGGGACGACCCAGCCAGCUGAUGUCACGACUCACUUGCGCAAAAAGGCCAAUUACCCCAACAACGUGGUCAUGACUUAUGCAUUGACGACCAAGAAAUUCUUUGUGGUUGCGAAUCUCGUUCGCCAGCAUCCGGUGGAUGAGCUUGUCGCGGAACUGAAAACACGAAAAAUCAUUUCCAAGGAACAGGUCAUUCGUGAAAUGAAAAACCGCGCCGAUGACAGCGAUAUCGUUGCAACGUCUAGUAUAAUGUCGCUCAAAUGCCCUCUCUCAACGCUGCGCAUCCAGGUACCUUGUAGGUCCAUUGUAUGCACCCACAACCAGUGCUUCGAUGCAGCUUCCUUUUUGGAAUUGCAAAAGCAGGCGCCGACAUGGACCUGUCCGGUAUGUUCCAAGUCAACGAGCUUCGAAUCGUUGCAAGUCGACCAAUAUGUCAAUGAUAUUCUCGAUUCGACGUCAAGAGAUACCGAAUCCGUGGUGGUUGAACCGGAUGGAGUCUGGUCCGCGCCCAAUGAAAAUGAUGCAGUGAACCUUGGAGGUCGCACCCCGGCCAGCGAUGGGGAUGGCGAGGACGACCUGAUUGAAAUCACCGAGCCAGGUGCCCCUACCAUCAAACGAGAACCCAACUCCUGCACUACCACGGCCAUGUUGGAACGCACACCCGCCCAGUCCAAGUCCCGCGAGGCGUCAACGCCGUCCUCCGCCAUACGCUUCUCCAGUAAAAAGCGGCCUGCAGCCCCAGUCAUUGACCUGACGGGCAGUGAUGAUGAGGACGAUGAGUCUCCUGUGCCGCCGAUGAAGCGUCCCGCCUUGAAUCUCGGCAUCCGCGGGAUAUCUUCACAAGAGUCUCAUCAACCGCUGAUCAAUAGCCCUCUGAAUGAUCGAGCGCUUCCGCCUUCCUAUUAG